UGGCCGGUGCUGUAUCACAUUUCUACUGGUUCUAGUCCCUGUUGUUUAAAUAUCAUUCUUAUAUUAUCCGCGCAUUACAAUUUGAAGAAGCCUCGCCAGCGCAUUUGAUCCAAUCCGUUCUCAUGUCGGUACAGCAGCAAUCCCUUCAUAUUAACAGAUCCUCAGCGGUUGGUUUGAUCCGCUUCUGUGCCGGUGUUGUAACACCUGGCUGCGGCUUAUCCUGACGUCACGUCCCAGCGACACGCCCCCUGCUUCCUUGCCGUUUGAAAAGCCUCGUCAAAGCGCCGCUGUAGAGAGAUGGCAGCUGCAGGUUUUGAACCCGGUGCCGGGCGGGGAAUCAUGGCUGCAGAACAAGAGUCUGAAGAAACUGUUUCUCAAGAGCUGCAGAGCGCCUCUGAGCUGAGGAUCGUGCUGCUUGGGGGAUGGUGGGCUGGAAAGAGUGCAUCAGGAAACACCAUCCUGGGCAGAGAGGAGUUUAGAUCUGGAUUCAGCCUCUCUAGAAGAACGAAGGAGUGUGAGAAGGGAACAGGAGAAGUGUCUGGGAGACGGGUCACUGUGGUCGACACUCCAGGCUUGUUAGACACAGACCGGGUCGAGAUUGAGAGAUGUGUUUCUCUGUCUGCCCCGGGACCCCACGCUUUCCUCCUGCUGAUACCGGUGUUUACAAAAGAAACGAUUGACACUAACCGUGAGUCUGUAGUAGAAUGGUAUUGCAAAUCCUUUGAUCAAGUGCAGGAGCUGUUUGGUGAGAGAGCUGUGAGGAACAUGAUGAUCCUUUUCACCCGCGGGGAUGAUCUGACAGACAGGACGAUUGAGCAGCACAUUGAGGAAGCUGGUGAGGAGCUCCAGCAGCUUGUUGAGAAAUGUGGGAACAGGUAUCAUGUUCUCAACAAUAAUAACAGGAGCGAUCGCACUCAGGUCACACAGCUCCUGGACAAGAUAGACAACAUGGUGAAGGGCAGUGGAGGCUGCUACAUCCCAAAUGAGAUUUACCAGGAGGUAGAAGAAAGGAUUAGACUAAAGGAACAGGAGCUGAAUGAGAAACACAAAGAGGAACUGAGCAGGAGAGAAGAGGAGAGGAAACUGAAAUAUGAGGAGGAACAGAGGAGGAGAGAAGAGGAGAUGAAACAGAAAUAUGAGGAGGAACAGAGGAGGAGAGAAGAGGAGAUGAAACAGAAAUAUGAGGAGGAACAGAGGAGGAGAGAAGAGAUGAAACAGAAAUAUGAGGAGGAACAGAGGAGGAGAGAAGAGAUGAAACAGAAAUAUGAGGAGGAACAGAGGAGGAGAGAAGAGAUGAAACAGAAAUAUGAGGAGGAACAGAGGAGGAGAGAAGAGGAGAUGAAACAGAAAUAUGAGGAGGAACAGAGGAGGAGAGAAGAGGAGCUGAUGGAGAAGUUGAGGAAGCAAAUGAAGGAAGAGGAGCUGGAGAAAGAGGCAGAGGAAUCCAAGCUGCCUGUCAGGAGAAGGAAUAGCAAAGAAUUCUUACCCCCCAUCAUGUCUGGAGGUGAAGGAGAGGCUCCCCUUGCAGAUACCCAAGCGCCUCCCAGCCCCCCUGAGCUGAGGAUGGUGCUGCUUGGGAAGACUGGGGCUGGGAAGAGUGCAGCAGGAAACACCAUCCUGGGCAGAGAGGAGUUCAGAUCAGUGAUCAGCGGGUCCUCAGUAACCAGGGUGUGUGAGAAGAGAAGAGGAGAGGUGGCUGGGAGGCAGCUCACUGUCAUCGACGCGCCAGACCUGCUUCAUAUCACUGGGUGUCUGAAGGAGAUUUGCCACGAGAUUAGAAGAUGCAUCUUGCUGUCUUCACCUGGACCCCACGCUUUCCUCCUGGUGCUACAAGCCAGGAGAUUCACUGAUGAAGAAAAGACAGUUCUACAAGCAAUGGAAGACAUCUUCAGUGAGACAGCCCUGGCCUACACAAUGGUCCUCUUCACUCAUGGAGACUCUCUGGAGGAACAGUCCAUUGAAGAUUACAUUGAGACACAGGGCAGGGAGCUCCAGCAGCUUGUUGAGAAAUGUGGGAACAGGUAUCAUGUUCUCAACAAUAAGAACAGGAGCGAUCGCACUCAGGUCACACAGCUCCUGGACAAGAUAGACAACAUGGUGAAGGGAAACAGAGGCAGCUUCCUGUACCAGGAGGCAGAGGAAAGGCUGACACGAAGGGAGCAGAGAUAUGAAGAACAGUGUAGGAAGGAAGAGGAGCUAAAGCUCAAAUAUGAAGAGGAACAUCUUAGGAAAGUAGAGGAGUUAAAACAGAAAUAUGAGGAGGAAAAGCAUCAGAAAGAAAAAGAGCUGAAACAGAAGUAUGAAGAGGAGCAGAGAGAGAAAGUAGAGGAACUGAAACAGAAGUAUAAAGAAGAACAGAGUCAGAAAGUCCAGGAGCUGAAACAGAAACAUGAGGAGGAACAGAGCAGGAAAGCAGAGAAGCUGAAGAAAGAGUAUGAAGAGGGGCUGCUGAGGAAAGAAGAGGAGCUGAACCAGAAGUAUAAAGAACAGGAGAGGAAAGCAGAGGAGAUGAAACAGAAACUUGAGGAGGAAAGACUCGGGAAAGCAGAGGAGGUGAAACAGAGAUAUGAGGCUCAGCGAGUGAAAGCAGAGCAGCGAAAGCAGCAAUACGAAGAGGAGCAGCGCAGGAAUGCACAGGAGAUAAAACACAAGUACGAAACCCAGUGUACAAAUAUACAGAAGCAAAUACAGAAAUACGCAGAAGAACAAAUUAGGAAAGUAGAAGAAUUGAAGAAGACGUUUGGAGAGAAACUGUGGAGCAAAGCAGAGGAGCUAAAACAGAAAUAUGAAGAGGAAGAGCGUAGGGAGAUCGAGGAGCUGAAACAGAAAUACAGAGAGAGGGAAGGAAGGCCACUGCAGAAGCAUGAGGAGGAACACAGCGAGGAAAUCAAGGAGAUAAAGCACAGGUAUAAUAACAAGCUGCACAGAGCGAUAGAGAAGCAGAAGAAGGAGUAUGAAGAAAUAGAGCAUCGGGAAGUGGAGACGUUGAAGCAGAAGCAUCAGGAGGAGCUGCUGAGGAAAGAACAGGAGCUGAAGCAGCAAUAUGAGGAGGAAUACAGUGAGAAGGAGCAGCAGCUGAAGCAGAGGUAUGAAGAACAGUGCAGAGGAGUGGAGGAGAUGAAGCAGAGAUUUGAAGAGGAACAGCAGAGAAAGCUAGAAGAGGUGAUACAGAAUUAUGAGAAACAGCGUCAGGGAGUGGAGGAGAUGAAGCAGAGAUAUAAAGAGGAACAGCAGAGAGAGGUGGAGGAGCUGAAACACAAACAUGAAGAGGAACUGAGUAUGAGAGGAGAGGAGAUGAACCAGAAAUAUGUGGAGGAACAGUGUAGAAUCACAGAGGAGCUAAAACAGAAACACAAGGAGGAACUGAGCAGGAGAGAAGAGGAGAUGAAACAGAAAUAUGAGGAGGAACACAGGAGGAGAGAAGAGGAGAUGAUGGAGAAGUUGAGGAAGCAAAUGAAGGAAGAGGAGCUGGAGAAAGAGCCAGAGGAAUCCAAGUUGCCUGUCAGGAGAAGACAAAGCUUUGAUAUAAACCCUCCCAACAUGUCUGGAGGUGAAGGAGAGGCUCCCACUGCAGAUAACCGAGCAGUAUUACUGGGAGCAGUGGCAGGGGCACUGCUAGGGGCAGCAGCAGGAGCUCUGAGGGGUCCAUUGGGAGCUGCAGCAGGAGCUGCUAUUGGAUCUGUAGCAGGAGCACGAGUAGGAUCUGUGAUAGGAGGAGCAGCCAGGGCAGGAGUAGCAGAGAGCUCAGACACACACACACAGAGAAGCAGAGAGCUCGAAUGGCGGAGAAUCAUGGCUGCAGAACAAGAGGCUGAAGAAACUGUUUCUCAAGAGCUGCACAGCGCCUCUGAGCUGAGGAUCGUGCUGCUUGGGAGAAGCUGGGCUGGGAAGAGUGUAGCAGGAAACACCAUCUUGGACAGAGAGGAGGGUAGAUCUGAUUUAAUGAAGGAGUUGUCUGGAGGUGAAGGAGAGGCUCCCCUUGCAGAUACCCAAGCGCCUCCCAGCCCCCCUGAGCUGAGGAUGGUGCUGCUUGGGAAGACUGGGGCUGGGAAGAGUGCAGUAGGAAACACCAUCCUGGGCAGAGAGGAGUUCAGAUCUGAAGCCAGCUCCUCUGCAGUAACGAGGGAGUGUGAGAAGAGAAAAGGACAAGUGGCUGGGAGACGUGUUGCUGUGAUCGACACUCCAGAGCUCUCUCAGGACAAACUUCAGAUUAGGAGCUGUGUUUCUCUGUCUGCCCCGGGACCCCACGCUUUCCUCCUGGUGGUACCGGUGGGCCGAUUCACAGAGGAAGAGAGGAGAGCAGUGGAGACAGUCCAGGAGAUAUUCAGUGAGGAGGCUAUAGACAACAUGGUGAAGGGAAACAACGGCAGCUACUACACCAGUGAGAUGUACCAGCAAGCAGAAGCAAAGAUCAGACAAAGACAAGAGGAGAUACUGAAGGAGAAGGAAGAGACGAUAUUGAAGGAGGAAAAAGAACUGAGGGCAAAGCACCUGAAAGAACUGGAGAACAUGGAAAGGAAGAUGAGAUUGGAAAUCCAGAAACGAGACGAGAAGAUCAGAGAGCUGGAGGAGAGGAUAGGAGAGCUGGAGGAAGAGCUGAGGAAAGAACAGGGAGAGAAUCACAGGAUCAAACUGGAGGAAGAGCUGAGGAGAAAGAGAGAGGAGAGAGAAAGGGCGGAGCGAGAGAAGGAGGAGUGGCGGGGAAUCAUGGCUGCAGAACAAGAGGCUGAAGAAACUGUUUCUCAAGAGCUGCACAGGGCCUCUGAACUGAGGAUCGUGCUGCUUGGGGGAAGCUUGUAUUGUGGGGCUGGGAGGACUGAAGCAGGAAACACCAUCCUGGGCAGAGACGAGGAAGAAAUGAUUGACACUGUGUGUGAGUUUAUAGAAGAAGAGUAUUGCAAGUCCUUUGAUAAAGUGCAGGAGCUGUUUGGUGAGAGAGCUGAGAGGAACACGAUGAUCCUUUUCACCCACGGGCAAUAUCUGGAAGGCAGGACGAUUGAGGAGCACAUUGAGGAAGCUGGGCGGGGAAUCAUGGCUGCAGAACAAGAGGCUGAAGAAACUGUUUCUCAAGAGCUGCACAGCGCAUCUGAGAUGAGGAUCGUGCUGCUUGGGAUAAGCUGGGCUGGAAAGAGUGCAUCAGGAAACACCAUCCUGGGCAGAGAGGAGGGUAGAUCUGGAUUCAGCUUCUCUGCUGUAACGAGGGAGUGUGUGAAGAGAACAGGAGAAGUGUCUGGGAGACGGGUCACUGUGGUCGACACUCCAGACUUGUUAGACACAGCCCGGGUCGAGAUUGAGAGAUGUGUUUCUCUGUCUGCCCCGGGACCCCACGCUUUCCUCCUGCUGAUACCCGUGCACAAAAAAAAAAAAAAAAAGACUCAAUGGAGGCAAUCUGUAGUAGAAGAGUAUUGCAAAGCCCUGGAUAAACUCCAGCAGCUGUUUGGUGAGAGAGCUGUGAGGAACACGAUGAUCCUUUUCACCUGCGGGGAUGAUCUGGAAGGCAGGACGAUUGAGCAGCACAUUGAGGAAGCUGGUAAGGAGCUCCAGCAGCUUGUUGAGAAAUGUGGGAACAGGUAUCAUGUUCUCAACAAUCUGGACAGGAGCGAUCGCACUCAGGUCACACAGCUCCUGGACAAGAUAGACAACAUGGUGAAGGGAAGUGGAGGCUGCUUCCUCCCAAAUGAGAUUUACCAGGAGGUAGAAGAAAGGAUUAGACUAAAGGAACAGGAGCUGAAUGAGAAACACAAAGAGGAACUGAGGAGGAGAGAAGAGGAGAGGAAACAGAAAUAUGAGGAGGAAAAGAGGAGAGAAGAGGAGCUGAAACAGAAAUAUGAGGAAGAACAGAGGAGGAGAGAAGAGGAGAUGAAACAGAAAUAUGAGGAGGAACAGAGGAGGAGAGAAGAGAUGAAACAGAAAUAUGAGGAAGAACAGAGGAGGAGAGAAGAGAUGAAACAGAAAUAUGAGGAGGAACAGAGGAGGAGAAAAGAGAUGAAACAGAAAUAUGAGGAGGAACAGAGGAGGAGGGAAGAGAUGAAACAGAAAUAUGAGGAAGAACAGAGGAGGAGAGAAGAGGAGAUGAAACAGAAAUAUGAGGAGGAACAGAGGAGGAGAGAAGAGGAGCUGAUGGAGAAGUUGAGGAAGCAAAUGAAGGAAGAGGAGCUGGAGAAAGAGGCAGAGGAAUCCAAGCUGCCUGUCAGGAGAAGGGACAGCAUUGAUGGACAUCGUCCCAACUUGUCUGGAGGUGAAGGAGAGGCUCCCCUUGCAGAUACCCAAGCGCCUCCCAGCCCCCCUGAGCUGAGGAUGGUGCUGCUUGGGAAGACUGGGGCUGGGAAGAGUGCAGCAGGAAACACCAUCCUGGGCAGAGAGGAGUUCAGAUCUGAAGCCAGCUCCUCUGCAGUAACGAGGGAGUGUGAGAAGAGAAAAGGACAAGUGGCUGGGAGAUGUGUUGCUGUGAUCAACACUCCAGAGCUCUCUCAGGACAAACUCCAGAUUAGGAGCUGUGUUUCUCUAUCUGCCCCGGGACCCCACGCUUUCCUCCUGGUGAUACCGGUGGGCCGAUUCACAGAGGAAGAGAGGAGAGCAGUGGAGACAGUCCAGGAGACAUUCAGUGAGGAGGCUGUGAGGAGGUACAUGAUGCUCCUUUUCACACACAGUGACAAACUGAAAGGCAAGACCAUUGAGGAUUAUAUUCAGACAGGCAGCAAGGAGCUCCAGCAGCUUGUUGAGAAAUGUGGGAACAGAUAUCAUGUUCUCAACACUGAGGACAGGAGCGAUCGCACUCAGGUCACACAGCUCCUGGACAAGAUAGACAACAUGGUGAAGGAAAACAACGGCAGCUACUACACCAGUGAGAUGUACCAGCAAGCAGAAGCAAAGAUCAGACAAAGACAAGAGGAGAUACUGAAGGAGAAGGAAGAGACGAUACUGAGGGAGGAAGAGGAACUGAGGGCAAAGCACCUGAAAGAACUGGAGAACACGAAAAGGAAGAUGAGAUUGGAAAUCCAGAAACGAGACGAGAAGAUCAGAGAGCUGGAGGAGAGGAUAGGAGAGCUGGAGGAAGAGCUGAGGAAAGAACAGGGAGAGAAUCACAGGAUCAAACUGGAGGAAGAGCUGAGGAGAAAGAGAGAGGAGAGAGAAAGGGCGGAGCGAGAGAAGGAGGAGUACAUGGAGAAGGGGGAGAGAGAGAGGGGAGAGUACGAGGAGAAACACAGGAGAGAGAUAGAGGCGGUCAGGCAGCGCUACCAGGAAAUCAUUAGACCAGAAGCAGAGAGAGUCAAUGAGUUUAUAAGCAGAUAUGAAAAGCCAGCUGAAGCGAGAGGAGAAAGGGCAGCACUAGGGGCAGUGGUGAGUGCAGUAGCAGGAGCACUGAGAGAAGGGGCUGAGGUAGGGGCAGUAUUACACACAGUAUCCAGAGCAAUAAGAGAAGAGACAGCGCUAGGGGCAGUAAUGCACGCUGCAAAGGAAGCAGUAAGAGAAGGAGCAGCUCAAAGGGCAGUGAUCAGUGCAGUAGCAGUAGCACUGAGAGAAGGGGCUGCGAUCGGGACAGUAUUGCACACAGUAGCAGAAGCAAUAGAGGCAGCACCACCGGAACCCAGUCAAGAGCAGUGUGGCACUAAAGAAUUAAAAACUGUACAGAUCAAGCUCCAUUUGGACUCCAGCGCCAUUGUCUUCACUAGGGAGCAGAAGAAGGGAGAGAUGGCGGCCGCCGGUUCAGACCCUGGGCGGGGAAUCAUGGCUGCAGAACAAGAGGCUGAAGAAACUGUUUCUCAAGAGCUGCACAGCCCCUCUGAUCUGAGGAUCGUGCUGAUUGGGAGACGCUUGACUGGAAAGAGUACAGCAGGAAACAUCAUCCUGAACAGAGAGGAGGGUAGAUCUGGAUUCAUCACCUCUGAAGUAACGGAGGAAUGUGAGAACAGAACAGGAGAAGUGUCUGGGAGACGGGUCACUGUGGUCGACACUCCAAACUUGUUAGACACAGACCGGGUCGAGAUUGAGAGAUGUGUUUCUCUGUCUGCCCCGGGACCCCACGCUUUCCUCCUGGUGAUGAAGGUAUUUACAAAAAAAUGUAUUGACACUCACCGUGAGUCUAUAGUAGAACAGUACUGUGAAGCCUUUGAUAAAGUGCAAGAGCUGUUUGGUGAGAGAGCUGUGAGGAACACGAUGAUCCUUUUCACCUGCGGGGAUGAUCUGAGAGGCAGGACGAUUGAGCAGCACAUUGAGGAAGCUGGUGAGGAGCUCCAGCAGCGUGUUGAGAAAUGUGGGAACAGGUGUCAUGUUCUCAACAAUGAGGACAGGAGCGAUCGCACUCAGGUCACACAGCUCCUGGACAAGAUAGACAACAUGGUGAAGGGAAGUGGAGGCUGCUACCUCCCAAAUGAGAUUUACCAGGAGGUAGAAGAAAGGAUUAGACUAAAGGAACAGGAGCUGAAUGAGAAACACAAAGAGGAACGUAGCAGCAAAGAAAAGGAGAUGAAACAGAAAUAUGAGGAGGAACAGAGAAGGAGAGAAGAGAUGAAACAGAAAUAUAAGGAGGAACAGAGGAGGAGAGAAGAGGAGAUGAAACAGAAAUAUGAAGAGGAACAGAGGAAGAGAGAAGAGGAGAUGAAACAGAAAUAUGAAGAGGAACAGAGGAAGAGAGAAGAGGAGCUGGAGAAAGAGCCAGAGGAAUCCAAGCUGCCUGUCAGGAGAAGGAAUAGCAAUGAAGGAUUACCCCCCACCAGGCGGGGAAUCAUGGCUGUAGAACAAGAGGCUGAAGAAACUGUUUCUCAAGAGCUGCACAGCACCUCUGAGCUGAGGAUCGUGCUGCUUGGGGGAGGCAAGACUGGGAAGAGUUCAUCAGGAAACACCAUCCUGGACAGAAAGGAGUUUAGAUCUGGAUUCUUGGCCUCUGCAAGAACAAAGAAGGGAACAGGAGAAGUGUCUGGGAGACGGGUCACUGUGGUCGACACUCCAGAGAUCUUCAAAACAGACCGGGACGAGAUUGAGAGAUGCGUUUCUCUGUCUGCCCCGGGACCCCACGCUUUCCUCCAGGUGAUACCAGUAAAAAAAAAAAAAACUCAAUGGAGGCAAUCUGUAGUAAAACAUCUUGGCGGAGGCCUUAAUAAAGUGCAGGAGCUGUUUGGUGAGAGAGCUGUGAGGAACACGAUGAUCCUUUUCACCUUCGGGGAUCGUCUGAAAGGCAGGACGAUUGAGCAGUACAUUGAGGAAGCUGGUGAGGAGUUCCAGCAGCGUGUUGAGAAAUGUGGGAACAGGUAUCAUGUUCUCAACAAUAAGAACAGGAGCGAUGGCACUCAGGUCACACAGCUCCUGGGCAAGAUAGAGAACACGGUGAAGGGAAGUGGAGGCUGCUACCUCCCAAUAUCAUCUGAGAUUUACCAGCAGGUAGAAGAAAGGAUUAGACUAAAGGAACAGGAGCUGAAUGAGAAACACAAAGAGGAACUGAGGAGGAGAGAAGAGGAGAUGAAACAGAAAUAUAAGGAGGAACAGAGGAGGAGAGAAGAGGAGAUGAAACAGAAAUAUGAGGAGGAACAGAGGAGGAGAGAAGAGGAGAUGAAACAUAAAUUUGAGGAGGAACAGGAGAGACGGGAGAACAACUCGGGGGGGAAGAAAAUGACGGCGCUGACUACUGAAGAGGAGAGAACUGAUGUGGAGCGUCACAUAGAGAGCGAGUCACACCAGAGGAAGGUCAAGGCAGUGGAGCAAUCGCAGCAAAUUACCAAAUUUACAGUGAACACAGCUCCAAAGGUGGAUAACAUGACACAACUUGAGGCGAAGUUGUCAGACUUUGAUGUGGAGGAUGUGGUUGUAGAUAUUGGAUACUGGUUCAAAGCAAGCACAAAGAGAAAAUGUAGACUGGAUGAUCACAAGCUUAAUGUUGGCUGGACAACAAGAACAACCCUCAACCGUCUGCAUGAAGCUGGUGAGAUCAGUCAGUACCAGGUAGACAACUUCCACAAGGCUGUGAGGGCAUUCUUUGUUGCAGCUGUUGACUAUGCCUUUAAGAAGCUGCCCUUCAAGGAGCCAGUCCUUGAACAUUCACAAUUCAUUGACUUUCAACAGAAGAUGGACUGUGAUGUGAAUGAUGCCCUAUACUUUGUGUACAGGUUUAGUCAUCUGCUUCCAUAUGGAGAUCCCAAAGAACAGGACAAGUUGAGUGAGGAGUUCCUGGACUAUCAACUUAUGGAGGAAAAGGACAUUCCCAGAAGCAUUUGGGAGCAGGCGGUGAGCAGAGUCAGUGAGCAGGAGGUGUACCACAGGAUGGAUAAAGUGUGGGCACACAUGGCCACAAUCAAGAGUCCAGUAACAGGAAUGCCUAAGCUACCCAUGCUGAGCAAGGUGGCACAACUAAUUCUAACCCUGCCACACUCUAAUGCUGAUGCAGAAAGAGUUUUUUCAAUGAUUGGACUAAACAAGACUGACACACGGAAUGCUCUGGCCUUGGAAGGCACACUGUCUUCUAUAAUGACAAUAAAGAUGUCCGGUAUGGAGCCCAACUGCUUCAAGUAUGAGCCCCCAGCAGAAGUAAUCAAGGCCUCCAAGUCAGCUGCUUCCAGUUACAACCGGCGGGGAAUCAUGGCUGCAGAACAAGAGGCUGAAGAAACUGUUUCUCAAGAGCUGCACAGCCCCUCUGAGCUGAGGAUCGUGCUGCUUGGUAGAAGUUGGACUGGGAAGAGUGCAGCAGGAAACACCAUCCUGGACAGAGAGGAGUUUAGAUCUGAAGACCCCUUUACAGAGGAGUGUGAGAAGAGAACAGGAGAAGUGUCUGGGAGACGAGUCACUGUGGUCGACACUCCACACUUGUUACACACAGACCGGGUCGAGAUUGAGAGAUGUGUUUCUCUGUCUGCCUCGGGACCCCACGCUUUCCUCCUGGUGAUACCUGUGUAUAAAAAAGAAAUGAUUGACACUGACCGUGAAUCUCUAGUAGAACAGGAUUGCGAAUCCUUUGAUAAAGUGCAGCAGCUGUUUGGUGAGAGAGCUGUGAGGAACACGAUGAUCCUUUUCACCCGUGGGGAUUAUCUGAGAGGCAGGACGAUUGAGCAGCACAUUGAGGAAGCUGGUGAGGAGCUCCAGCAGCUUGUUGAGAAAUGUGGGAACAGGUAUCAUGUUCUCAACAAUAAGAACAGGAGCGAUCGCAUUCAGGUCACACAGCUCCUGGACAAGAUAGACAACAUGGUGAAGGGAAGUGGAGGCUGCUUCCUCUCAAAUGAGAUUUACCAGGAGGUAGAAGAAAGGAUUAGAAAAAAGGAACAGGAGCUGAAUGAGAAACACAAAGAGGAACAGAGGAGGAGAGAAGAGGAGAUGAAACAGAAAUAUGAGGAGGAACAGAGGAGGAGAGAAGAGGAGAUGAAACAGAAAUAUGAGGAGGAUCAGAGGAGGAGAGAAGAGGAGAUGAAACAGAAAAAUGAGGAGGAACAGAAGAGGAGAGAAGAGGAGCUGAUGGAGAAGUUGAGGAAGCAAAUGAAGGAAGAGGAGCUGGAGAAAGAGCCAGAGGAAUCCAAGCUGCCUGUCAGGAGAAGGAACAGCAUUGAAGCAUUGUACCCCACCAUGUCUGAAAGCAAAGUGGAGAAAGAAUCAGGGGAAUCCAAGCUGCCUGUCAGGAGAAGAAAUAGCAAGGAGACCAUCAGCCCCAACAUGUCUGGAGGUGAAGGAGAGGCUCCCCUUGCAGAUACCCAAGCGCCUCCCAGCCCCCCUGAGCUGAGGAUGGUGCUGCUUGGGAAGACUGGGGCUGGGAAGAGUGCAGCAGGAAACACCAUCCUGGGCAGAGAGGAGUUCAGAUCUGAAGCCAGCUCCUCUGCAGUAACGAGGGAGUGUGAGAAGAGAAAAGGACAAGUGGCUGGGAGAUGUGUUGCUGUGAUCGACACUCCAGAGCUCUCUCAGGACAAACUCCAGAUUAAGAGCUGUGUUUCUCUGUCUGCCCCGGGACCCCACGCUUUCCUCCUGGUGAUACCGGUGGGCCGAUUCACAGAGGAAGAGAGGAGAGCAGUGGAGACAGUCCAGGAGAUGUUCAGUGAGGACGCUGUGAGGAGGUACAUGAUGCUCCUUUUCACACACGGUGACAAACUGAAAGGCAAGACCAUUGAGGAUUAUAUUCAGACAGGCAGCAAGGAGCUCCAGCAGCUUGUUGAGAAAUGUGGGAACAGGUAUCAUGUUCUCAACAUUCUGGACAGGAGCGAUCGCACUCAGGUCACACAGCUCCUGGACAAGAUAGACAACAUGGUGAAGGGAAACAACGGCAGCUACUACACCAGUGAGAAAGGGGAGCUGAAGAGAGAGGGAGGAAAGGAGAGAGCUGGAGGGGAGCUGAAAAGAGCGAGAAAAGAGGAGGAAGAGGAAACCAAAAAUGAUUUUUAAAGUUGAAAUCGAAGACCAGAAGAAUAAGGAGUCGUGUUUACUGCAAGCCUGUGUUUUCUACCUUAGAGCUUCAGCCGCUAACAUGGAAAGCUUCAAGGAGAUCUCAGGAAUGGUUCUUACAUGCCUGCUGUUAUCCUUCCAGGAAGGGAGACAGUUCAAACACAUUCAAACAGAACAACAUCUAACUGAUAGAACAGACAGGACACCAGAUUCUUAUCACAGCAGAUGUUGGUUUGUGACAUCCAGCUGUGGUAGAGCAAGACCAUCGAGUAAAAAGACACGUCUCAACUGGCGACAUGUGUCUCACUUCAUCCGACAGCAAAGGAAAAGCAGAUUCCUGGCUUCGGCUAGAGAUAGAAUAGGUAGAGGGUGACCCCUUGUGGAAGAAGCACGAAGGACAUGUUACCAGCAGUGCUUAUGACAAGAGACAAAAUAAAACUAAAGCAGCUGAGAACAUUCUUAAAACAUCUUGAUUUAUAAAUCACUGCCAGCAAAUUUGCUAGGAAAGACUCCAAACAAGAACACACCCCGAUAUAUCUAGUAUGUAAAGAAAGGAAAUUGCUUCAAGGAAACAUGACAGAAAUGUGGAAUAAACUAUAAAAUACCCAGCAAGAGUUAUAUCCUUUCAAAAGGUUUUCAUUCUUUUAUAACUUUUAUAAAUCACUAAAGAUGCAUUGACUAUAAGCACUGUUAACAGGACAGGGUUAAAUACAUUUUUUAUAAUGUUUUAACUUGAGUUUUCUUUACGUAUUACUUCAGUUUUGGUAUUAUGUUAGCAUUAUUUUUUAGCCAGCGGUGCGUUGAUGUAAAGUAUAACAGUGUAAUUGUUUAAUCAUUGAGUAAAUGACAUGUAUUUGAUUAUUAAAAUAUACUGAAAUGGCCCAUCCCUAGUCUUAACGUGCAUGACAUAUUUGGUGUAAGUUUUGAUGUUUUGUGAUUAAUAUGUAACUUCUGCUUAAAUAAAAUAAUUUUAAAAUUUCAA